AUGGCACUCGCGGCUUAUCGGGAAACACUCCAACGAAUCGACAAGACAUCAAAGAUUGCCUCUGUGGUCAGUGUUUUGGAGGCGUUGGCUCACAAGCAUACCGUUGAGCCGGACGAGAUUACGCCAGACGAGAAAGAUCGAAGUCUAACCCUCAAGGACAUGCGUGGGAAAGCCUCAAUCUUGGAUGAACUUCGCUGGGACCUUCUGCCAUCACUCCAAGACCACCUCAUUUUGCUCCUGGAAUCACUCGACCUCGUCGAUCCCAAGCCCAAGCCACACCCGGACAUUGAUUCAACCAAAGAAAUCUUAUCGAAUCUUGACAAUAUUUUAGAGAGCACCGUAUCGUCCAUCGUCUCCAUCACACUCAAAUCCCCUCUACCGCACGAAGAUCAUGAUCAUGGCUUGGAGGACUGGAAAAUCUUUCGAUUCUCUCUUCUGGGAAAGAAAAUCAUGGAUUUGGUGGAAGACAUCAUCUAUGACGACCUGUUCGGAAGUGUCAAGAGCUUCAUCCAAUGGUGCACCGUGGCGUACAUUUUUGUAGAAAAUUCGGAGAUUCUGAAGGAGGGGUCCGAUUUGAGGGACGUCAUCCUGAUAGUUACAGCUUCGGCCCAAGAUUCAAUCGAUACCACCAUGGAUUGGUUCGAAAAAUCCGACUGGGCUAUUGUCCAAGAAGCCUGGCUCGAAGCAUCCGAGUCAUUUGAUGAUGUCGUAGAGAUGCUUACUAGCCGGGCCAACCCCUCAACCGAAGAAGAAGAAGAAAAGUCCGAAGCUGAUAAUGACGAGAGUAAGGCCAAAAACGAAUUGAUAGCUGAAGUAGCCAAGUCAGCCGUACCGCUCGCCAAACUAGGAAGGAUCUUGAUCAAGAAAACCUCUGAGACUAUCUCGAAGAAACAACUCUCAGCAGUGGGCACACUAGAGCUCAACUCGGCAACAAUGAGGCAGUUGUAUGAAACCCCUCAAUCGAUCCUUGGGCCUCUCGAGCACCUCUCCAACCUCUUAAACAUUUUCUAUCGCUCACCCCGAGCAAUCCGGGUUGCCGAUCAAGCCCGGAUUCGCAAGUCAGUCGACAACCUCCCAAAGGACCUGCAAUCCACCUUAUCCGUCCUAGAUUCGUGUCUCAUUCCCUUCCUGCCCCGAAUCGAAGAUGGUUCACCCGAGACCCACUUGUCCUCUUUUUUCCCAACCUUGAAACAGGCCUGGGAUAAGGCUAGUGAUAGUUUGAUGGACGUCAUCUUUUCUUUUGAAGUGGAACGGAUAGUUAUCUGA